AUGUAUACAAGACCCAAGCUAUCUGUGGUCACUUCGACCGCGCAGACUCUUUCUCGUCCUUCAUUAUCGCUGAAGUCUCCUGGUCCUUUCCCCCGCACACCAAUCUCGCCGGUUCCCCCGAGCCCGGGUGCAAAGCGCUUCUCGACUAUUCAAGCGCCAUCAUACAAUUACACCAAUUCGUGUAAAUCAAAGAGCAUCCUCAAGAAGCAGCCAAUGGUCGGUGCAACCAGCCACGCGGACAAGCGAAUCCAGUUCCAUGGUACUCCUACCGUACACUGCGUGACGCCAAUCGAGAACCCCGAGGAGUAUUACGGCACCUACACGAAACUGUCAAAAGAAGAGCGACGCUGGAUGAACUGUCAAAUCCCACACCCCAGGGUCGAGAGCUGGGUUCGUGGAGACGGCAUGUUUUUGGGCAUCUGCGCCCGGCUCCGACUUCUGGGAUUAGUCGCGAGAAUCCCUGAAAUUGCGGUGCAACGCUUGGAUUUCGAUGAUUGUCACUCAGAUGACAUCAGUGAGAGAGGCAACCGUGAAACAAAUCGAGGACUGCUUACCCUCGCCAUUGAAACGUCAUGCGACGAUACGUCAGUUGCGAUUGUCGAGAAAAAUGAUCGACCCCGAGAUGAUUCUGCGAGAAUUCAUUUCCUCGAGAAUGUAACGGCAGAUACCAGGAAAUAUCGAGGCAUUCACCCAAUGGUAGCACUUGAAUCGCAUCAAGAGAAUCUGGCCAAACUCGUCAAUAAGGCGCUCCAGCACUUACCCCCGGUAUCAGAAGAUGGCGAGGAUACAUCAAAAUGGAUAAGACUAUCAGAUGGCUCUCAACGUCGCAAGCCGGAUUUCAUAUCCGCCACCCGCGGGCCUGGGAUGCGCGCGAACCUCUUCACCGGACUUGACACAGGCAAAGGCCUGUCCGUCGCAUGGCAGAUCCCCUUUAUCGGCGUCCAUCAUAUGCAAGCUCACCUUCUGACUCCUCGACUUGUUUCCGCGAUGAGCCGAGCGCAACAUGACAGCGAUGUCACCUCUUCCAACCCACCUGUAGCCCCCGAGUUUCCCUUCCUGUCUAUACUUGUCUCCGGUGGCCAUUCAAUGCUUGUCGAGUCCACUUCAAUCACAGACCAUACUAUAAUUGCCUCGACUGCGGAUGUCGCGAUCGGCGACUCUCUCGAUAAAGCAGCGCGAGAGAUUCUCCCAACCUCUGUCCUCGACGAAGCCAAAACUACAAUGUACGGCAAACUGCUGGAACAGUUUGCCUUUCCGGGCGGCAGUGCAGACUGGGGCAGCUACUGCGCUCCCAAGACCCGAGGUCAGGAGCUGGUCAAGCAGCCAAGUCCGUGGGGCUGGACCCUCACGUCUCCCUUCGCCAAUACCCGGCAGCUGCAGUUCAGCUUCUCGUUUUUACCGAGCAUGAUCACGAAACUGAUGGAAGCGAAGAAGACGGCGGGUGAGGAUGUCUCGGAUGAGGAGCGAGUUUCUCUGGCCCGUGAGUCCAUGCGCGUCUGCUUCGAGCAUCUUGGUUCGCGUACGAUCAUCGCUCUUGAGGAGCUGCAGCAGAAAGCGCGGAACAAGGGCGUCCCAGAGGUCAAAACUCUCGUUGUCAGUGGUGGGGUUGCGGCUAAUAGGUUUCUGAUGGCUGUGCUGCGGUCGUUCCUUGAUGUCCGCGGGUUCGGACAUGUUGAGAUUGUUGCGCCGCCGCCGUAUUUGUGUACGGACAAUGCGGCCAUGAUUGGGUGGGCUGGGAUUGAGAUGUUCGAGGCUGGCUUCAGCACGGAUCUCGGUGGUAGGGCUCUUCGGAAGUGGGCUCUUGAUCCGCGCGCUGAGGAUGGCGGUCUUUUGGGCGCUGACUGCUGGAUGAUAAAGGAUUAUGGUACUACCAGAUUCCUAACGCAUACCCCGAGUUCGCUCGCAGCAUCAACCACACUGACCAGCGCGCCCAGUCUGGUUAUACUCAGCAAACGCCAGCAGCCAGCAUGUCCUCAAUUCUUCCUCCUGGAAUCCAAGGCCCCUGAAGCCUUGCUUCAGACUCGGCUUGACAACGGUACCACCCCGUAUGGUUCAUCUUCGCCUGAGAGCUAA